GCGCUCGCUGCCAUUCAGAUAGACAGAGACCCAGUCGAUGUGAUGUAUGUGACACUGACAUGGGGUCGAACACACGCGUACACACAGCCAUGGAUGGAUGGAUGGAUGCCUGCAUAAAGUCACGAAAACAAUCGCUGCCACCCCUCACACACACACGAUAUCGACAAAUAGCAGACAGACAGAGAGAGAGCGAGACAAAAGGAACAAAUCGCCCAUCCGUCACCUCAGCAGCCAAUUAAAGGAAGGGCGCCCAUCCCCCACCCCUUUAGUCAGACCUGUGUCUAGUAUCACGACACGCCUGCCCCUCCCCCCCUACACACAUCUACAUAGCUGCAUCUCACAGCUGGUUGUAGGGCUCCUCAAACCAAUAUAUCAAAGCUGGCAGACAGACAGACAGACAACACGAAACACAACAUGAGCGCGUUUGGUGGUGUGGUGUGGUGUGCGUGUGGUGUCCUAAUUAGUGUACCAAUGGCGACGUAUGCGGUGAGGAGCAUGGAGCCCUCCAGCCAAUUCGAAUGCCCGUCUUGCAACACACUGACACACGGACGGGAUACCAACGCACGGAGAGGCAUUAAUUGUCACACGUGCGGCACACAUGUCUGUCUGUCUGUCUCUCACCCCGUGACGACGAGCGUCGACAGCAGCAGCAUCGUCACCUACACACACGACACAAGGGAACACAGUGGCCGCACCUGGGGGAGUGAGGUUCAGUUGUUUUGAUGUAUCAGCCUACCUGAAAUGGGUGGAAGUUGAGUGUCAUGGGCACGUUGAGGCACCACCCCAUCAGCACCGCCAACGGAGUCACAAACAACGCCAUCUGACACGAUGAACCUGACAGACAAAUGCGCCCACACACACACAUAUGAGGCCUUGUGGGUGUUUGUGGUGGCUGGUCGGGCACCCACCCACUCACUUACCGACAGCUACGCCGAGUGAGAGGUCCAUUUUGUUCCGCAUGGCCACAGAUAUGGCCGUGUAGUGCUCGGCAGCAUUGCCUGACAACACACACACAUCCACAUAUAUACGUCUGAGUCAGUGUCAUCCAGCCAGUGGUGUGUGUACACCGACCGAUGAUGGGCAGCAGGAUGAUACCGAUGAACUCGCGACUCAAGUUACACUGAUCCACCACACCUGCAUGCUCACGCACAAAGCCAUCAAUCGCCGUCUCUCUCUCUCUGUGUGUGUGUGUGUGUGUGUUGUACCUACCUUGUAUAGAGUCGAUGAGGAACUCUGAGCACACGGCUGUGAUGACGGUGGCGACGGCCAGGAGCAUCGUCGCCCCGGGGCAGGGCAUCAUCACCUCAUCCUCCUCUUCCUCCCCCUCACCAGCGUCAUCCGCCUCCUCUACCACAUCGCCAUUCUGCUGCUGGCCAUUGGGGACCACCACACCAUCCUGCUGCGGCCGCUGCUGCUGCUGCAGCUGUGGCGGUAGGAUGGCUUUGUUGUUGUCUGCCGCCUGGUCGUCCUCCGCGAACAUGAAUGAGUGUGUGCUGAGCUGGAAAUACAAAUACUGGGCGUAGAGCGCUGCCAGAAGAAUCGACACACCCCUGCACAGCAAACCAUAGACGAACAGACGAACAGACAGACAGACAGAAAGGAAGGAGCCAAGAGAGAAGGAAGAUGUAUGUGAGGUGAGCCACCAGUGUGCGUGCCCUACCCUGCCCUGCCAGCCCAGCGGGUACAUCCCACUAGCAUGUGUGUGCCUACCUACCUACCUUGAUAUAGCGAGUUCUGCGUCGACCUCCGACGAGAGAAUGUAGGCGUACAUGGUUGGGAGGACCAGACACAGACAGCUGAGCGUCAGCAGCGACGUGUUGGUCACUGCACCCAACGCACUGUACUCCUGCAACUGAAUGAACCAAUCACAUCCACACACACACACACAAAACAAACAAACCACACGUGCGUCCAUCAGUGCACUGAGAGGCAGACAGACCAUCGCCAGCUCGGCUCGGUUAGACUAGCUAGCUGACUUUGAAGUAGUAUCCGCCGGCGAAGAAUGCGGUGCCCAUGACGAGUAGGAGGUUGGAGAGGAUGGACCCCACGAGGGUGCACUGGACGACCAGCACUUGGUUGUGGUACAGACCCCAGAAGCACAGCAGCGCCUCUAUCACAUUGCCAAACGACGCGUUGAGCAGCCCGCCAACUAUCUGACCUGAACCAACCAACAGACCAAUGGUUAAAGCAAGCAAAGCAAGCCAUCAAGGAACAACAGCUUCCUUCCCUCCCUCCCUCUGGAUGAGUGAGUCACUGCACUGACUGACUGACUGACUGACCCGUGUGGGCGGCCAGAUCUUCUGUGGACUGACCAAUCAGCCUGCACACACAGCAAGCCACACACACGCAUUUUCCAAUUCUCCCUCCAUCCCACGUGCUGUGCUGUGCCGGGUGUUCUGACCGCUUCUCUUCCUCCCUCCCUCGCUCCCCAAGUGAUUGAGAUGCAUACAUACAGUAAGUACCUACCAAGCGAGUGGGAUGAUGGCGAUGAAGUUGAAUAGGAAAGUGAGUUCAGCGCCCCAGUCCUGGAUGCCGCAGACGAUGCCGAUGGGCACAAACACCAGCAGACACGCCAGGAUCAAGUUGCUCCUCAGCAGCUUCACGAAACCCUCCAAGUUGGCGCGGAACGACAUGUCACAAAAGUGCGCCCUCUCGGCCUCCGCCCUCUCGUACGCCGUGGCGUGAUGGUGGUCCUCGUGUGGUGCAUGUGCCGCCCCUCCCCCAGCCCCUCCCAUCUGGCGCAUCUCAAUGUCCCCUGCCGCAUGUGCUCCAUGCGAUGGAUGGUUGCCAUCUUCGCGCUGCAGAGAGAUUGGGGGCGUCGGGUCCGACAGCAAGGCCCUGCUCUCGUCCGCCAU